GCCCACGCAACUCGUACCGGGGUCAGAAUCUAGCCAGUCCCCGAUCACCUGUCACCGGUCACCGGUCGCUGUCCUUUAGGACCCUGCGACGCGCCGACGACCAGGCCGGCCCCAGAACUCCACUUCCCAGGAGGUGUCGGGGCGCAGAGCGGUGACCGCGUCCGACGACGGGGUGGGACUCGUUCGCUGCCCGGAUGUGGCGCUGAGCCCGCCACCCCUGCCAAGCCCAGCGAGAGACGCCCGGGAGGCUCCGCCAGCGGCGGCCCGAACCGCGCCGGAGGGCGACCGCUUUGCCCGAAAAAUUCACUUAAGCACAUACAUAUGCGAUCGCACACAACUUCACAGGCGGCUUUUGGGACCUACUGAAGCCUGCCCUCUAGCAGCCCACGGACUCCAAGCGAAGGAUGCAGACGAUCAAAUGUGUGGUCGUAGGGGAUGGGGCUGUCGGCAAAACCUGCCUCCUCAUCAGUUACACGACGAACGCCUUUCCUGAGGAGUACAUCCCCACUGUCUUUGACAACUACAGCGCCCAGACGUCGGUGGACGGCCAGAUCGUCAGCCUGAACCUGUGGGACACAGCCGGCCAAGAGGAAUACGACCGACUGCGAACGCUUUCCUACCCCCAGACCAAUAUCUUUGUCAUCUGUUUUUCCAUUGGUAACCCAUCCUCUUAUGCCAACGUGAGGCAUAAGUGGCACCCAGAGGUCUCCCAUCAUUGCCCCAAUGUACCCGUUCUGCUGGUAGGCACCAAGAGGGACUUGCGGGGUGACCUUGAGACGGUGAGGAAGCUGAAGGAACAGAGCCUAGUGCCCACAACUCCUCAGCAGGGCACUUCGCUGGCUAAGCAAGUGGGGGCUGUGAAGUAUCUGGAAUGUUCUGCCCUGAUGCAGGAUGGGGUACACGAGGUAUUUUUGGAAGCUGUCCGGGCUGUGCUUUACCCUGCCACAAAGAAGACCACCAAGAAGUGUGUCCUCUUAUAGCUCUUGGGGUGCUACUUGGGGACCGCACCCGAGGAGAAUAAGGAGGGGGGUCCCUUGACAGCAUUUAACGAUGCCAGCAUGAGCCAUUUUGCCUCUUCGGGAAACCCUAGGCUCCAUGUCCCUGGGUUUUUGGGGGAACGAAGACAGGCUAGUCUGUACAUGGCUGCUUGGAAGUUUGGUCUGAAGCUUUCAGAGGAAGUUUAAGUGCGUAUGUCUCCUGUCAGAAUGCUCAGAGGAGACACACCAGGUGCUGUUCUUCCCUGUCCUGGCCAGGCCACAACUAAACACAGCGGCCUCGUAGUGUUCGUAGGCUUUUGCUUGUCUUCAUUUAAGUGGAAUUUCUCGGCCAUAUUUACCGUUGAGCAAGUGCCUCGCAGAAGGACAAAGCUCUCCAGUUUUCAAAUAAUUGCCUUAAACUCUCUGAUGUACUAAUUUUUGGAAACCAGUUUAUGUGUGAUUUUGGGGUGUUGCUAAUGGGAGCGUUCCUCCCAUUCUGGAGAUGAGGUAUUUUUGCAAAACUGGUCAGGCAGCAUUUUCCAGAGUUUUGCGAGGUGCUUGCAGAUAGAUUAUUUCUUAAAAGGGCUCUGUGGUCAAAUAAGUCAGGGACCAGCUAUUUAAAUAAAGCCGAACAGGUUCCUCCUACUGCAGGAAUUUAUAAUUUCUGAUAAGUAUGCCAUAUUUCCCAAACUUAUUUCACUGAACUUUUUUUUUUUUUUUUUUUUGGUGCUAUUCAAAACAGUCUCAGAGAUGCUGGCUUAGUAGGAAGUAGGAAUUCCUAUGGAGGAGGUUAUGAAAAACAGCAUAAUGUGGCCCUGUUCUUUUUGAUAUCGCUCGUGAAAGGAACGUUUAUCACCACGGACUUAUUACUGUUAUUCUCCCAUCCUCUGGAGAUGGGUGUGGCACUUGCUGCCACGGAUGUGGGAUGCGAUGGUCAGACCGCUGUCAGAUUUUUUUUUUUUUAGCGCCUACAGCACCUGGCAUUCCUAGGUGGAGCUGUCAGAUUCUGACAGCACUGUGGGCCUGGGAGGUGGAAUUAACAACCCCUCUGAAAAGCUGUGUCUCUCUGAGGCUUCCGUGUGGCCUUUUUCUUUCUGUCACCUUUUGUUUUAGGGAAAUACCACUGAAGGUUAACCUUCUCACAUCAACCAACCAACCAGCCAAUCAAAAUGUCCUGCCAGUCACUGUCAGGGAGUUCCGUCAUUCCCUCAGACUUUUCUGCCGCUGUUCCUCUGAGUCACUGUAAAGGCUGCCUUGCUCUCUUCCUGUCCCUCCAUCCUCUGUACAUCUGCGCGUGCGUGUGCCUGCGCGUGCGUGUGCCUGCCUGUGUUCCGCCCUGGGUGCCUUUUCAGGUCUUUCAGUUGCUCCGAGAGGUGGAGUGUGUCGGAACCGCAGGUCCCAGAGCUGUCACCCUUGUAGGACUUUGCUGGAGUUGCUCAGCCUGCCGUGGGCCAGUAGGAGUCAGAUUCCGUAUCCAGUGGGCCUGCUGCUCAUCCCUGGUUGUAUUUCCGACCUUCUUUGUUCGAUACGGAAGAAAAACUUACUUCACCUGGCAGAUAGCACUUGACAGCUCCACCGUGCACACAUGCUCUCAUCCUGCCAAAAUAGCGCUGGAGUUUUGAGAGAUUGAGAAAUGGAACUAAAUGGAUCACAAACCUUCCCCUGUGGCGGGUGAAGUGUCUGUGCUUUGCCCGGUGAUGGUCUGGCUGUGGCUCCGUGACAAGAUGUGAUCAGAGUAGCCUCAGACUAACAAUCUCCCACAUACGGUUGCCAGAUAAAACACAGUAAUAUCACAUGUGACGGAAGGAAACUAGACUUUGGAGUAUGCAGAUGUCGUAUUAUAAAUUCGUACGCGUGAAACUUAUGUGUUACUAACCACUGUUACCUCCAAUAAAUUUAAUUAAAAUUUUAGAAAAGAAUCUUUUACAAAUAACUUUUUAGUAUAAUAUGCACCAUGCAAUAUUUGGGACAUACUUACACUUAAAAGUUAUUUGCCGUUUAUCUGAAAUUGAAAUUUAACGGGGCAGCCUGUAUUUUUAUUUGCUAAAUCCGGCAAGCCUACUCUUGGAGAUUCUGGAACCUGGUGGUCAAGCAGGAGUCAAGUACUGAUGGAAGCUAAAAGGCUAUGUCAACUGUCUAUUCACCCCGCUUUUCCCCCGGUUGCCUUUUUCGCUCGCCAGGGACUGAAUUAUUUCCUUUUGUUUAGCCUUCGUCACAGCACCCCCCCACUCUCCGCAGUCCUCUGUGGGUGUCUAUUUCUACACCAGCUGAUUUGUCGAAAGCUGUGGAGGAGCCGGGACGCAUAGUACUGUGUGGCACCUGACUUCUCAGUUUCAGUGUACUGUGUCUGUUUUCCUCUGUGUGACCCAGGGGCGCCUGGGUGGGGGUGGGGGUGGGGGAUGGCAGGGAUUCUAUUUGAGCAGUGUUAACUGGAAGAGAGUGAGGGUGGCCCUCCUCAGCUGAGGCCCAGAAGCACUUUGGAAAGUGGGGCUGCUGUUGGAGAAGUGUGGGGACGUUGGUGUCAGCUGGCCUGCGGGUCUGCGUGCCCUCUGUCCUUGGUCGGGCUCCCUGAGUUGCCCCACGGGCAGCCAAGUGCAAGCACUGUCGCCCAAGUGUGUUCCAGUCUCAAGUUGUUCUGACUGAUGCUGCUGGGCUGCUUACAGGACUUCAUGUUUGAACGGGGCCGGAAACGUGCCUGUCACCUAUGUCUCUGGGAACUUUCUAUUUAGCCACUGAAAAUCUUUUAAGUGGCUUUUAAUAGUGCCUCCUGCUCCCCUUUGCCUGGCAAAGUCCCAAAUGUAAGCCUAGGUUUGGUUUGGGGAAACCUGUGUCCUCUACUAAAUGUGGGUGUGAUCCACAGGCCUGAGAGAGUGGUUUUGUAUUGGGCUGAUUUGAUGGUCCUAAGCAUACACUGACAUCUUGAUUUUUAUACUUGAAAGGAAUUUGUAUGAAGACUAACAUGCUAGUAUCACUUUUAACUUAUUCAUAAUGAAUGGUAAUAAACUUUUCUGACUUUGCUGGG